AUGGGAACUCAUUACUGUAAAAGAAGGGUGUAUUGCCGUGGGAUUUUGGGUUCACUCUGCAUCAACAUCGGAGCUUCGAAUGCGUUCGACAGAGCCCCAGCUCCCCUCCCCUGUGUGCAGUUUCAGCUGGCCACUGGACCUACCGGGCAACGCCAAGGACUGGUGUGCAUGAAAGACAAGGAGAUGCCGGCAUCCCACGGCAGAGGUUUAAUGAUGACUGAGCUGAGCAUAACGUCCCUGCUUCUGACAGAAACCAGCCCAGUCUAUAGGGAUAAUGGGACCGAUUGCCCAAUACACAGCUUCAUUGAUCUGAUCCUUGACGGGGUCACUGUCCUCAUCUGUCUCUUCGGGCUGGUGGGCAACGGGGUCGUCCUCUGGCUCCUCGGCUUCUUCAUUAAGAGGAAUCCCUUCACCAUCUACAUCCUCAACCUGGCCGUCGCAGACUUAAACUUCCUCCUCUGCCUGCUUGUUUACCUCAUACUUGGUACUGUGGAAUCUCUCUUCUGUUUCCAUGAAUUUGGGCACUUUCUGAGGUUUUUUCACCUGCUGUUCCUGUUCGCCCACAAUGCCAGCCUGUACCUCCUGACGGCCAUCAGCGUUGAGAGGUGUCUGUCUGUCUGCUACCCCAUCUGGUGCCGAUGCCACCGCCCAAAGCACCUGUCUGCCCUUGUGUGCGCCCUGCUGUGGGCUCUCUCCUGCCUGGUAACCGGACUAAUGUCUUAUUUUUGUGUUUCUGAUGGAACGGAACACUGCCGGAUGUCACACAUAGCCAUGUAUGUUCUGGAUUUCCUGAUUUUCGCUCCCAUCAUGGUUCUGUCCAACCUGAUCCUGUUCAUCAAGGUCCGACGUAGCUCCCAACAACGUCAGCCUGGAAGGCUCUACAUUGUUAUCUUGCUCACCGUCCUCUUCUUCCUCAUCUUUGCUGUUCCCUUCAGUAUCCAGCGCUUUGGCCUGUAUUUUAAUUAUUUUAAUAUCCCCAUUGAGAUAUGUAAUGCACUGGCCUCUGUAAACAGCAGCAUUAACCCAGUUAUUUACUUUUUAGUUGGGAGCUACAGGAAGCGGCGGUUCAGGGGCUCUGUUAAGGUCGCACUCCAGAGGGUUUUUGAAGAGCAUGCAGAUUCCAGAGAGGCCUCCAGGACAGACACAAUGGAGAUGGCCAAUUAA